UUGGUUGUGUCAAAAUGAUUUGUUUAUAAUUAAUAAAAUUGUUAAUUUCUAAUUAAAUAAAUAACAUGUCAUGGCCAAGCAAAUUGAUUUGGAUCAAGAAUACCAAGCAUGGCAAUCGUGCCAUUAUUGUCCCUUGCACAAUUUCAAAACUCCACCAGAUUUCAUAAGACAUUUGAGGGAAAGACAUUGUUCAAAAGAAGGUGGCUCAUAUGUCUGUAGAUAUGGUUACAAUGGUGUAUGCCCCUCAUUACCUCUCGAUGGGGUAAGCGAUAGAGAUUAUGAAACACAUAUCUCUAGACAUCAUGUUGCUCCAAUUACUAAGAAUCAGGAACAAUGGUCAGUUUAUUCAGCAGCACAGAAUUUACCUGCAGUACUUAAUGAUCCUAACAAAGGUAAACAAGCAACAUUUUUUACUAAGAUAUGGGGUGAUGCAUUUGUUGAAACUGCUGAGAUACCCAAAUGUCCUUAUUUACCUAUAAUAACAUGGGAUAAUUUUGAGCCAUAUAUCAGGAAAGUGGGACGAAGACUGCAAAAGCAUUCCAAAUUAAUGAAUUCAAAAUUAGAGACAACUUUGAAAGUUAAAAGCCAAAAUUCUGAGCUUUCAGUGUUUAAAUUAAAGGAUAUUCCAGAUAUUUUUCUCAAGCCGGAUCUGAAACUAAAUGAAGCUACUACUUUUAAUACUAUAUAUCCAAACAUUGUAGAUGCUCCUGACAAUGCAAGUCGAUCAGGGCGUCUAUUACAAGAAAAAUUAAGUCAUUAUCUAGAUGUUGUUGAAGUGCAAAUUGCCCAACAAGUUUCACAGAAGUCUUAUGCAUUUUUUCAUGCUAUGACUUCUCAUGAUGCAAUGAUGGAACAGAUGAACCAUGCUGAAGCAAAUGUGCGGGCAAUACGCAGUAAAAUUCAAAACAUAGAUGCUACACUAGUCAAAGAUUCAUUAAAAAUACUAAGCUUUGAAAGAUCUCGUUGUAAUCAUUCCUCAGUGUUAGAAAAACUUAAAUUAAUGUCAACAGUUCAUCAAACUCAACCUAUGAUACAAUUGCUCCUAAGUACACCAGACUAUGUAGCUGCAUUAGAUUUAAUUUCUACUACUCAAGAAAUUUUAUCCCAAGAAUUAGCUGGAGUUCAUUCAUUCAGACAUUUGCCUUCCCAGCUUACUGAAAUGGAAAGGUUGAUUGACAAAAUAUUGAGCACAGAAUUUGAAAAAUAUGCAGCUGCUGAUUUAAAUAGGCCAUUAACAGAGUUUAACACUUCAAUGAUAGACUCAGAUAAAUUAAUAUCUACGAUUUCAGGAUUACUGAGACAGAAAAAUUUUACAUUUAUUGAUGCAUACAAAGAAGAAGCUAUAACUACUGUUAAAGCAAUUGUAAAACAGAUGGUUAUUGAAAUAAUAGCAUCUAGUGAUGCAGAAAUAUGUCUCACUGGUUCAGGUGAGCAACAGGUACAAACAUUGUCAUUAAGCGAAUGGUUAGCAUUAUUAGAAACAGCAACAUUAACAUUAGAAAGACUAGUAUUAAGGGUAAAAGCUGUGCAUGAUGUUAUGUUUCACACUGCUUGCUCUAGUACAGAAAAGCAACAUGAUCCAGAUGAUAGCUUAGAUUUCUCUGAAAGUGAAACCUUUUUGAAUAAAUCAGAAUUUGAAACAGUAGAAAAAAAAUUAAGCGAUUUAUUAAAUGCAGUCUGUGACUAUUGUCAUGAAAGAUGUGCAAAUUUAGUAACCAAUCAAAGCCUAGACAAGAGUACUGUUACAAUAAGACAGAUUGCCAGAUUGUCAGAAAUUGUUACGACCUUUACUCAGCAAUGUGAACAAAUUUGUGGCAAGGAGUGCAUUGCUUUGAAAGCAGCCUUUAAGGCCCAGGCUUCAAGAUAUGUACAAAAAUUCCAUACGGAUAAGAAGGCUAAAUUGGCUCUGCUUUUAGAUAGUGAGCAAUGGAAACAAGCCGAAGUUCCUUCUGAAUUCCAGACACUAAUAGAUGGUAUAUCAAGUACAGGAUCUUUUGCUCAUGUAAAUCCUUUAAGUGCGUUGAGCAAUGGUGGUGGAGGUAGCAGCGGAAGGUCAACACCAACCUCAGAACCUUCUAAACCAGCACCAGUAUUACAGGUGGCGGGAGAACCUUUUGCUGUGGUAGGCACAGUAUUGCUUCUUGUACAGAUAAUAAGUGAAUAUUGUCGUAGUUCAGAACGUCUGGCUCCAAUGAUGUCUCAGCAAUACAGCAGGAAUUUGUCUGAAUUACUUCGAAGCUUUAAUUCUAGAUGUUGUCAACUGGUCUUGGGAGCCGGUGCAAUACAUGUUGCUGGUUUAAAAACAAUUACAAGUUCCAACUUGGCGCUUGUGUCAAGGGCACUCCAACUUAUAUUAUGGUUACUUCCGUACGUCCGGGAACAUUUUCGGCCCCACACGGACGUCUCCUGGUGUGCGGCCGUCGAACGUGAUCUAAUUAGUCAUGUGCAGGAAAUUUCUGAUAAGAUCCAGGCUAUAGUAUCAAAAGUUAUUGGUGAUCAAUUGAUCUUAUGGGAUGCCAGACCACCUAUACCAUCCAAACCAUUUAGAAAAAUAUCUUUGCAUCUCGUCAAACUUCAUGAAGCAAUCGCACCGAUUUUACCUCGCGCACAAAUCCAUAGAUUAUAUAGAACAGUACAUAGAAAUUUUAAAGAUAAACUUAGGGACCAGUUGUUACGUAACAAUAUUACAAAUGAUGGAAGUCCGCAACACGGUGUAGUUACUUCAGAAUUGAUGUUUUAUUUAGAAACAUUGAGAACGUUAAAAGCUAUAUCUGAAGAAGAAUUGGCUGAUGGUGCAAUGGAUGAUAUAUGGUUGCAAUAAUCUGUGAUCUGUGAUUUGACAGAAUAAAGAUGUGAAAGUGCAAGUGUAAGAGUAUACAAAUGCUCUCAGCUCUGGCAGCUUUUUUGUCUGGCUAUGAAUUAUUCAAGAGCAUAAAUUAUUAUUUGUUUUACCGAAUUAUUUUGAGUAUAUCUCUAUAAUAAUUUUAUUUAACUAUUGUAUAUAUUUAAUGUUUAUAAUCUUCCAAACAAUCUAUCCAUUGCUGCCACUCUGGUUUUAUUACCAGUUUGUCUCCUCCUCAUUUACUCAUCGAGUGAUA